CUGGUUCUCCAGCUACUCUUGGCCAACGAGCAGGUUUUCCGCAGCGGCAUCGCCCUGAAGGAGCUCUCUUCCACAUUUCGAGAUGCAGUAACACUUGUCCACAGGUUGGGCUAUCGAUAUAUAUGGAUCGACUCUCUGUGCAUCAUCCAGGACUCAGUAUCGAAGAAAGACUGGAAGCAGGAAGCGCAAACGAUGAAGCACGUCUACGGAAACUCAUUCUGCAACAUUUCGGCCAUCAGGUCUUCCCACGACGUAUCUUUUGGCCUCUUUGGAAAACGAUUCGUCCCGCCUCGCUCGUUUUACCCAUUUUCAGCGGACUUGGAAUUGCCGAAGGGCGACAAAAACCCCACUGGAAAAUGGAACUUCUGGCUUGACAGCCUUUGGAUCAACGAGAUGAACAAAGCACCCCUCACGGGUCGUGGCUGGGUCGUUCAAGAGAGGUUUCUCACACGAAGAAUCAUUCACUUUACCAAGAGUCAGAUAUACUGGGAGUGCCUCGAACAUUGCCGCUGCGAGGAGGACCCAAAGGACCAGUUCGGUCUACUUCAUCUCGGUUCUCACUCGGAAGUGGGACAACAGGCACGGGAGUACAAGGCUGCCCUGCGAAAAAUCAUCAGGGAAUCGGUUUCCGUCGAUGGAAGACGAACCCCCGUCUGGCAGACGAAUGAGCACUCUUGGCCCACACUGCGAGACUGCUGGAGGAUCAUGGUGUCUACCUACAGCCGCUGCGACCUCUCCUACGAGACUGACCGCCUCAUCGCCAUCUCUGGUGUUGCCAAAAAGUUCGAAGAGAUGUACGUCCACGACAGGUACUUCGACGGUAUUUGGAAAGAUGGACUUCACACAGACCUACUAUGGGAGUCUAAUGCAUCCCGAAGCGCGCGUGUAGUGCGCAACACGGCUUUCGCGCCUUCGUGGAGCUGGGCAUCUCUCCAUGACAAGAGCGUUACCGUCCCUGGCAAGAACGUGUCUGACCCUGACGAGAACGUGGCUACGCCUAAUGCCCAUCCGAAGUUCUGUGUGACCGUGCCCACAGCUCAUCAGAAAUUCGGUGGAGAGCCGAACUCAUGCAUCGAGUUCGUCGCCGUGCGUAUUAGGCCGGAGGGCGGUAGCGACGACGCGACGGCGCUGCUUCAAUCUUCGGAACUUGACAUUGACUGUUUCUUGCACCACUUCAAAAGAGACGCCAAGUCAAAGACGAUCGAGAUCUUUGAUGACGAGACCCUCUCGAAGAAGAUACCCAACAUGCAGAAAAUUGGAGAGGACAAGCUACGCCUCGACACGGAGGAGUUGGUACGGAGAUUCAACCAGGAUGAGGAUGUUACGGGCGUAUGCAUUCCAGUUCAAGAAGCGUCUGAGGGAUAUGGUCACCGGAAUGUGCGCUAUCUCCUCCUGGAACCUGAUUCUGAGUUGAGAUACAAGCGCUGGGGCACCGUGGUUGGCGGUGGUUUUGGCCUUAGAUGGGAUACGAGCAAGCGAACUCGCAUCACUCUAGUUUAA